AUGGAUGAGGCACUCCUGGGAAACGAACAUGCGAAGACUGCUAUCGACAUUGCGUGUUGGGAUAUAUUCGGCAAGUCAGUUGGUAUACCAAUAUGUGACCUCCAUGGUGGUCGAACGGGUGUGAAUCUACCCAUCAUAUCUUCUGAAUACGUUGGGGAGCCGAAGGAAAUGCGUACGCGAGUUGCAGAACACCGGCGCCAUGAUUAUAUGGGACAUACAAUUAAGGUCGGCAGUGAGCCUGUGGCUGAUGCAGCAUGUAUCACCGCUGCACUUGCCGAUAAACAGCCUGGUGAAUUCUUCCUUGUCGAUGCCAAUGGAAGACUUACCGUCGAAACUGCCCUGCCCUUGCUGCGUCUUCUACCUGUUGGGCUGGGCUUCGUUCUUGGAGGCCCGUGUGCUACUUGGAGAGAAUGUGUCUCUUUGCAACGCAGGACAAAUGUUCCAAUCUGUUUUGAUGAGCUCGCAACAACAGAUUCAUCUGUUAUUCAGCUUAUUACAGAUGACGCCGCGGACGGUAUAGGAAUGAAGAUCUCGAAGAACGGUGGUCUUACGAAAUGUCGUCACCAGCGAGAUAGCUGCCUUUCAAUAGGAUAUUCAAUUACUGUUCAAGAUACAGUCAGCUCGGAUAUCCCAGUUGCCGCUAUUGUUCAUAUUGCCCAGACAAUCCCUGAGAAAUACCUUCGGUGCAUUCUGGGGACACGCGACAUUGUUACGGUCAAAACAGCCGAUGGUCCUUUCGAGAUUGUCGAAGGGCGCCUCAGCGCACCAAAUUUGCCAGGAUUGGGAAUCACGCCUCGUCUUGAUGUCAUGGGAGAGCCUGUAUCUAGCUAUUUUUAA